CGUCAGACUCAGAGCCCCAAUAAAAUUACUAGGGCAAGGGCUUUUUUCUCAGUGCAGACUCUUUCUUCUGAACCUCCGUCGCCCAAAUUCAGCAAAACAAAAAAGGCAAAGCGAUGGCGCCGCCUCCUGGACCUUACUCCGGCACCAGCACGCUUGCUCUCGUGGCUCGUGCAUCUGCUUUCUCUUUUGGGCUCGUUUAUGGAAGCAUGAAGCUCAAGUACCUCAAGGCAAAGGCAAAGUCUCAAAAGAAAGCUGAAGCAAAGGCUCACCACUAAAGCAGAGGGGUUUUGUUCAUAGUUGCAUGCAUGAGUUGAGUUUGGUGUAGGAAUAAUGCAUAUCAAUGGAAUUGUACCAGUUUUUCAUUUUGGCCUGCAGCAUUUGUGGACCAUGACUUACCUGUCCCUAAAAUUUUUUAGAGAGUUAUCCACUUGGUCCUUCAAGUAUUAUUUUUUCAGUUGGCAAUGGUUACACUAUGGAUGUUUAGUUUC